UCAGGCUGGGCAGCGGACAGAGGCACAUCAGGCUGGGCAGCGGACAGAGGCACCGGGCAAUCAGGCGAAGCAGCAGGCCCUAGCCCAUCAGGCGAGGCAGCAGCACCGGGCCAUCUAGCAGAAGAGCGGGCACCGAGUCACCUGGCACGACAGCGGGCACCGAGUCACCAGGCUCGACAGCGGGCACAGAGUCAUCUGGCACGACAGCGGGCACAGAGUCACCAAGCUCGACAGCGGGCACCGAGUCAUCUGGCUCGACAGCGGGCACCGAGUCAUCUGGCUCGACAGCGGGCACCGAGUCAUCUGGCUCGACAGCGGGCACCGAGUCACCAAGCUCGACAGCGGGCACAGAGUCAUCUGGCACGACAGCGGGCACCGAGUCAUCAAGCUGGAUCGGGCCGGAUCAUCAGGCCGGAUCGGGUCAUCAGGCCGGAUCGGGUCAUCAGGCCGGAUCGGGUCAUCAGGCUGGAUCACGAACACCGGGUCAUCAGGCCGGAUCGGGUCAUCAGGCCGGAUCGGGUCAUCAGGCUGGAUCACGAACACCGGGUCAUCAGGCCGGAUCGGGUCAUCAGGCCGGAUCGGGUC